AAUAAAGGUAAAAAACACACACACACACUUGGAAACUAUUGGAACUGUUAUUGAUUAGCAAUCAAAACAGCCAUACCCUCCGCCCCAGAUAGGCAGCCUGUUUGGGUCCCAGCGGUCCACCGUCAUGACGCUCUGCAACGGGGCCUUUGACUCAUCGGCGGUCCUCUUCCUCGUCAUCGAGGCAAGAGGAACACGCUCUGACAUUUACCGUCAGCGCGGUUCUCAGUGAAUCAACAGCUACAUGCACCAUGCUAGCAUGUUCACACAAUAUUCACGUAGAUCUAUAGCUAAAUAAAACACCGAAUUAUUUCCUUGUUAUACGUUAAUACACACUAGACAGCUAUAAUGCAUUAAAAUUCUUUAUUAACUAUUUAUUAACUCGUUAUACUUUCAUAAACACUAGACGGCUAGUGUGUGUGUGUGUGUGUGUGUGUGUGUGUGUGUGUGUGUGGUAGUUCGCUUUGGGACGCUGGUGUGCCUGAUCAUGGCUCUGCGGCUGUGUUCUCCCUGCUGCAGUUCCCCUUCACCAUCCUGAUCAAUAGACUGCUAGGAGGAGACCCGCUCUGGUGAACGUGGUCCUGACACUGCUCUCUCUGUUGGCCUUCCUCCACCCUCUCAACGUUCACCUGCACUGUCGCAAGCUGGCCUCCCAGAGGUCCAGGAAGCCAGCCAGGACAUCCCUCCCCCUCUGUGUGUGUGAAUAAACGUGCCUUGGUGUGUGGGAGUGAAGUUAGUGGGUGUAGUAUAGGAGCUUGUGUGUGUGUGUGUGUGUGUGUGUGUCUACCCGCGUGUGUGUGUCGGCCCGUGUAGUGGAUCAUGCUGUGUUGCGAUGUGAGAGGUGGCGUGCGCCGCUGGCUCACGCUGGUCAGCGGCAUGGUGGAGUGCCUGUGCUUCUCGGGGGCCGUGUUCGGCUGGGCCUCGCUGGUGGUGGUCCUGAAGAGCGGGGGCUACUUCAGCUCGCUGUGUGUCAACGGCACGGGGCUGAACGGCACUGCCGCCAACGGAACCCAGGAACUAGACUGCAGCGGCCAGGACCAGCAGCUCUCCCUGGUCUUCACCAUCGCCGCCUUCGUCAACAACUUCCUGACGCUGUCCAACGGCUUCCUGUUCGACCACUUCGGCACCACCGUGUCUCGGCUGUUCGGCAUAUCACUGUACACCACAGGCGCACUGUUCGUGGCCUUCUCCAGUCCAGCUCUCUCCGUUCUGCUCUACCCCGCCCUCUCCUGCAUCGCCAUGGGGGGCAUCAUGCUCCUGAUCACCAAUAUGCAGGUGGGCAACCUGUUUGGCUCCCAGCGCUCUACCAUCAUCACGCUCUACAACGGGGCUUUCGACUCUUCCUCGGCCCUCUUCCUCGUCAUCAAGCUGAUGUAUGAGUCGGGCGUCUCUCUCAUGGUGUCUUUCGGCUCACUUGCGGCCUGCAGCGUUAUUCACCUGGUCAGGACCUUCCUGCUUCUGCCUGGAGGCCAUAUCCCCUACCCACUGCCCCCCUCAUACACAUAUGGCGUGACCUGCCGUAAAUCUGAAGUGUUUAGUCCCGUCACCGUGGACGAGGCCCCCCCGGUCCAGGCGAAGAGCUUCUGGAAGUGUGUUUUCUCCAGGCUCUUCAUGUUCCAGCUGCUGUGGCUGUCGGUCAUGCAGCUGAGACACUACCUGUUUAUCGGCACCCUAAACCCCACGCUGCAGAGGCUGGCUAAGGAGGAUCCCUCACUGGUGAGCCAGUACACCAAUGCCUUCGCCAUCACCCAGCUGUGCGGAGUGCUGUUCGCUCCCUGGAACGGCCUCAUCAUGGACCGACAGAAGAGCAGGCCCCGGGCUGCAGGGGAGACGGAGUCUGAGUCUGAUCUGCGUGCGGCUGUGCUCUCUCUGGCCCUGACCGCUCUGCUCAGCGUUCUGUUCUCAGUGAGCGCCUCCGUCCCCCUGCUGCCGCUGCAGUACCUCACCUUCAUCCUGCAGGUGCUCAGCCGCUCCUUCCUCUAUGGGGGCAACGCCGCCUUCAUCAGCAUCGCAUUUCCAUCAGUUCACUUUGGAAAGCUGUACGGCCUGAUCAUGGCUCUGUCAGCUGUGAUCUCCUUGCUGCAGUACCCGUGCACCAUACUGAUCAAAGUGUGGCUUGGAGGAGACCCGUUCUGGGUGAACGUGGCCCUGAUAGUGCUGUGUCUGACAGCCUUCAUUCAUCCUGUCAGCGUUCGCCUGCACUGUCGCAAGCUGGCCUCCCAGAGGUGCUAGACGGCAGGGGACCUCAUAUGAAUGGACUCCCUCUCUCCCCUCUUAUCCUCUCCUCUCCUUUCCUCUCAUCCUCUCCUCUUCCUUCCCCUCUUCUCCCCUCAACACGCACAAUUCAUGGGCAAAACCAGGCAGCCAAAACCAGGCGGUUACGCAGCGACAUGACAACAUUGUUUCUGACUGGAUUAUGUGGGGCAGAAUGCUGGGUUUUACCCACAGAGGAAAUACCAUGUAUUUUCAUAUUUUAGUCAAUAUUAUACAAAUAUUUUGAUACUGUGAGCCAACACCACAUUAGAAAUGUACAAAUGUUUCACAAAUGUUUACUUGAAACCAAGCUAAUUUGUUAUUCCAAUAUAUUGUAUUUAGCCCAUUUGAGCCAUGGCUGGUUGGAUUGUACUAUUUGAGUAAUGUUUGUAUAGCUCAAACUCAUCCACAAUCAAACCCUUUCAAAUAUUAGAGGGAAGGGGACAAAAAUUGUAUAUUGUCUUUUUUGCAUCAUUUAUUUUUGGCAGUAUUCUUCAGCGAACGUUGAGGCCUAUUGUCCUGAUGGGGUGCUGCUGGUGCUGCAGCACCCCCUGUUGGCUGAGAGUGAAAGACUUACGCAGCGAGGCUAAAGGGCUGAUUAUGGUCCCAUGUUCACGCAACGCAAGGGGGUUACGGACCACUUACGUCCUUGCGGACCCUCCUUGCGUCAAGGGCCUGACGUGCGCCUCCCAAAAGUAGACCUCUGAGGAAUAAGUCCCGUCUCCAUGUUUAAAUGUCUAUGGAAAAUAACAUGGGGGGUUUUGAAUGAUCGUACAUGACAAACUCUGUGAAAAGGUAACAACUGCUCAGGUUUUGGAUUGUCGGGGCCGUCAGUAAACUAUUAUAAAUGCUAACCGGGAGCUAGUUCUGAUCUGCGCAGACUUCAUACGUCAUACUUGUCAGGGAGGCGGGAGUUGCUCGCAACUAUUCACGACCUAACGUGAUUGUCAUUUCACGCGUGAACGGACGAGCAGCGUUGGUGCCACCUCCUCCGUAGGCGGGCUCUGGUGCCAUUUCGGUGAAGACAAACUAUGAAACAUUGCCGUUGCUAUGCAACCUUGACUGGGAGAGUCGUGACGUCCUAAGUCGGCGCAGAUCUGCAUUAGCAUAAUGCUUCGUCAUAAUAGUUAACUACUUUAACGGCCCCGACAAUCCAAAUCCAAAGUGGAAUCUAGAUGGAAAAAACUUUUACUUCUUCGCCACCUACAGAGUUUGUCACGUACGAUCAUUCAACAUCCCCAUGUUAUUUUCCAUAGACAUUUAAACACGGAACCAAGAGCCUCGGAGGCGGGACUUAUUCUCCAGAGGAGUAACCUUCUGUCGAGGCAACGCAGCAGCAAGGGCUGUGAUUGAUCCGUUUACUAAAACCCGAUGCAGAACCAAAACAGGUUCACGACUGUGUCGAAGCGUCUGCGUGGUCCUUGCGUUGCGUGAACAUGGGUCCAUAAUCAGCCCAUUAUUUGUUGAGACAGAUUCUAUUGUGGAAUAGAAUCGUUGGUGUAUGCUGAGUUGUUGACAAAAUGAUUUCCUUUCACACACUAAACGAUCAAAACUGUUCAAUGUAUCUCACUUGAUCCCUCAUGUUUUCUAAAUUAGAAAAUGUGUCAAGUGUGUAUCCAUGAAGGAGAGAUGUAGCCUAUUACAUUUCUUGUUGUUGCUUCAAUGUCUUGUCUUUUAAUACGAAAGUACAAAAUUAAGAUUAUGCAUUGUUCUCAGCAUUUUAAGAUGACCCUUUUUUAUUUCCAAAGUGUACAAAAUUAUGAGCCUCACAGAAAUGAAUAUUUUGCCUCAUGUUUUUUUUCAUCAAUACAAAUUAUUAUUUUCCAGUAAAGGCUAUUUUCUCCAAGCUUCUUUCCAAUCAUAGACAUCAUAAUAAUUCCUUUGUAACCGGGAAAUGAGGGGAAGCUCUAAACAGAUCAUAUUUUAAUUUACUGAGUGGGAUUAUGGCUCACUGUAUCAGUGUGACUAUUGCUCACUGUAUCACACAUUAGCAGACUCCCUGCCAUGUUUGUGAGGGUUAAAUGUCCAACAGUUGAAAGGGCAGAAGGGCAGUUGAAAGAAAUAACACAUGGGAGGCAGGGAGAAAUACAGACAGGCCCUUUAGGCAGAAGCUUCCAGUAGGGCCAAACUGACUUUUGCUGCUGGACUUUCUUCAGCACCCGACACAUAGAUGGUGGUGGUGGGAGUCAGAGUGAUGGUCUCAUCACAUUACAUUUACAUUACAUUUAGGGCAAUUAGCAGACGCUUUUAUCCAAAGCGACUUACAAUAAGUACAUUCGUCUUAAGAAGUGCAUCAAUAUAUCACUGUCGGUACAGAAAGGAUGUUCAUAGAACCAAGUGCAAGUACCACAAUCGCUAGGCUAAUCAAUUCCCUGUGUUACAGCCAUGAUAGCAGCUACUGCAG